CUACCAUAAGUCUUAAACAUAUGUGGCCAUUGAGAGAGAAUAGCAUGUGCUAAUGCCUAAUUCAUCUGUGCCACUCAAUCAAAUGUUCAAUUGUUCAAUACUACUUCCUAUGUGCUCUAUAAAACAGCUAUUUUAAACUCAACCAAAUUCAUCUCAUAAUCAAGUGUAUUCAAGUGUCCAAGCCUUCCAUCUGCAAAAGUCCUUGUAUUUCAAUAUCAGCAGAGUUUAUCCUGAAUACUUUUUUUUUAAGCAUAAUGGGUAUCCGCGUUCCUCGUAUCACCAGUCUCAAGCAAAUUCUAAACCGCCAAUUCUCCUCAACAAAUCUUGAUCGUAGUACAAGUUUCCCUAAGGGAUGCAUUGCAGUUUAUGUUGGUGAGAACCAAAGAAGAAGAUUUGUAGUUCCGAUCUCGUACUUAAGUGAGCCUACAUUUCAAGACCUGUUAAGUCGAGCUGAGGAAGAAUUUGAAUUUAGUCAUCCAGAAGGUGGCCUCACAAUCCCAUGCAAGGAAGACACCUUCAUUGAUCUCUUGAACAGAUUAUGAGGGUUUAUAUAUGUCUGCAGAUAUGUACAUACUGAUAUGUUGUUAGAUAGUUUUGUGAACUAGUCCAGACAUUUUAUAUUUGACUGAGACUUUCCAUGUAAAUCUUUUAGGCAUUAAUUAAUAAAUAAAAUCAUUCUUUCUUUUG